AUGAACACAUGGAAACAUUUUUAUUUUCAAUUAGCAUGUUAUGGCGUCAGUAACAUUAAACAACAGAUUGAUGACGUUGUUUGGGAGAUAGUUCAUCUCAAUUGUCUUAUACGCGACUUCUCCUUAUCAGAAAGAGACUUAGCUAGAAUAGCAAAGCGAGAGAAAGCUGAUUGUGCCAAAAGACUAUCACAGCUUGAAGUGCAGCUUCAUUAUACUUUCAAAAUUAAGAUUGUAUUGGAAGAAGUUGUCGACUAUGGAGAAUGGUCCUUCUACAUGGACCAUCUUAUAAAGGAAAUGGGCAAUGAGAUUAUUAAAGUUCAAUCUGGAGAUUUUACAAGACGCAGAGGAUGA